AACAGGUGUUAAGAAAAUCUGUAUUUUUAAUAAGCUUUUAAUAUUUUUUAAUAGUACGAAUAACUAUCAUUAAUUGGUAUUUACAAUUUUUUUGAAUUUUUUUCGGCUUUUCUUAAGCUUAGAGUCCAGUUUUCAGUGUUUGCCAAUAUAGAUACUUGUUGAAAUGGGAGAACAGAAUAACAAUUCUGAUAAAAUUAAAUUCAAAGUGAAGCAUUUGAAUGAAUACCAUGAGAUAGUUAUUGAUCGGAAUGAUGCCAGAUAUGAAUCUAAGUACCAACAUCAACAAUUAUUUGAACAGUUGGAAUCAAUAACAGGAGUACCAAGUAGAUACACAGCUCGUGCUUAUAUUGAUCAAAGUUACAUCUAUUGGCCUGAUAUCAAUCCUCAACGGUUCCGGUUCAGUUUUGACAACCAAAAAGCCUUUGCUCCUGGUAUACGCAGGCGAUACUCUAGACAAUAUGAUAUCCGAAGCCUGCAUUUUCCCGAUGGUGAGCGCUUUCAUCUCCAAUAUGGACUUUCUUAUGCGCAUAAUAUAUCCAAACAUUUAAGUAUGCGUUAUACGCUAGUAAAAGAAAGAGAUGUCCCUGAAGAAGGCUGUGGAUUAUAUUUCUGUCAAUCUAGAAGCACUGAGAGCUACUUUAAAAGGUUGAAAGAUCUCGUUUGUAAUGAUGAAUUGAAUGCAAAAAUUACGCAGAUUGUUCAACCACUAAUGGUAUCAGGAAUGUGGGCGGCUGCAACUACGAAUUUCAGAGAGUUUAAUAUUCAACAAUAUUUACAUAGCGAAUGUUAUGUGUAUCAUUUACAAUACAGACAGGCUGGCCAUACACGCCAAGUUCAUCUUUAUCCAAGAACUCGGGGCUAAAUAUAUGUAUUUGACGAAUCAACUAAAUGUAAUUUUUUUUAGUAAACAUUUCGCUUUUAAUUUGCAUCAUGAA